CUAGAUAGGAAUCGUUGGGCGAGGCUCCUCAGCUCUGAUUCCUGGUUCACAUUUCCUCAAGUAACACAUAUUGUUCCUCAGAUGCCAACGACCGCUCGAGAACACCAAGUGUGCAGUUUUUGCAGUCGGGAACUGAAAUAGAAGUAGACGUUCGCCCAGCCAAGAAACCCUAACUGAACCUUUCUUGCCCCAAAGACGAUUCGCCCAAGAUUGGACUUGAAGGAUGUGAGGAGAGGUAGAUAGGAACUUCCCUACCAAACAAUGUUGCCAGCGCGCGAUUCCUUCAUCUUCAAGUUCAGCAAAAAUGCGGAGACCUUCGUCUACAAUCUCCAGUUCGACGUACACCAAGCGAUUCUCUUCCGCAACUCCGAAGAGGUCUGCCCAAGAUCUUCCCGAUGUGCAAACUCGAUUCCAUUCCUUCCUUCUAUAGAUCAACUUAAUUCCAGUAGAAACGGUGGCACUACGCCGGUGACCGCCGCAGGGGCCGCGAUCAGCGGAGAAACUGUUGUGAAGCUAACCGUCUAGAGAGAGAAAGGACUGUUUUCUUGUCUAUCAAAAAUAUUUAGUUAUCAAUUUUAUUUGAGUGGUUCUCUCAAUUAUAUUGAUGUCCUAUUAAUUUCACUGCAUCCGCAGCAAAACAUGAAGAAUACCCCAUGUCCUUAUCUCUCCGUAAGCAAGAUCCAUGACCUGUAUAAUGGAUAUAAAUAGAUGAUGGGAUA